AUGGCAUCGUCUUCGCAGCAGGUUUCUACCACAAUCAAGCGACGGAAUCGCAGACGUCGUCAAGACAAGCCGGCCAUUAAUGCCAAACUCGUGCUCGACGAUCAUAUCAAGAGCGAUGUCGGCAUUGUGUCCGAAGACAUCUUCCGCGACCUCUUCCCUCACCUAGCUAACGCUCAACUCUACCAAGGUGCCACCGAAGACGUCCACCACAUUGCGAUCGCUCCAUGGCAACCGAACGCGAGCCCUAUCGAUAGCCCGUGGUCCAUCGUACCGAUUAUAGAGUCUUCCGCCAUUGCCCCGUCCACCGUCCGUUUCUCGCCGUCUUCCGCUGCUUUACAGAGCUUCGCUGUCACUUUGCAGCAAGUUGCGCCAUCCAAGCUAUCAAGCCAUAGCCGUGGUGGAAUUGAGAUUCUGGUCCUCGAUGUUGCGCCUGUACCUCUCGAAACUGUUUUCGUGAGCUUGGAGAGCGAAUUGACCAAACGACUAGAGAAUGGUGAAGGUACAUUCUACCGAGACCAUCCCGCAAGCUCCAAGGAGAAGAGCGUCGAUGCGACACCUGACGAGCGGCUUGUGACUUCUCUUAGGGCUGCUUUGAGGAGUCUCAAGGUUGUCCAUGCUGGUGAUCUAUUCCCGCUUCCUCUGCCACCACACCCAUUUACUCAUGUCCCUCCAAAUCCCGGAAAGAUCAUGCUGUGCGAGCCUGUUGCUCAAGGUGUGUUAACGGAAUCGACCAAAAUCAUUCUUAUGCGCGGCCGUGUCCAUACCAAGCAGAUUCGCCGUGUCGCUUCAAUGACCACCAGCCAACAACUCAAUGGCGUAGCCGAGGAUGAGGACGAUACUAGCACAGAUCAGUUCUAUUCUGCAGCUGAGGAUCGCGACAAGUCAGGAAUGAUAACGGAAGACAUGGAGUCCGCCACCGAAACAGAACUAGAUCUGUCAGACUUUGAAAAUGAAGACGAGCUAUCGGACGACUCCAUGGACGACAUGAUCUCCCUGCAAGCGCCUACUCUCCCAACAACCAAUGCCAGUGGUGUAUCGACAUUACAGCCUGGAACGCCCAUGACCGUUGGAACCCUUCGCGGCAGGAAGACGAAUGGAAUCACAACACCCGGCUCUGUCUUCUCCAAUUUCACUGCGACUACUGCUCGACCAGAUAGACCCCGUGGCCGCCUCUUCAAAGCUCAGGGUCUGAUGGAGCAAAUUCCGACAGAUAUUUUGCACCCCAAGCCAUCAGUGGAGGACGACGAGGAAGCGCGCAUCUACGUCGAUGUGACAUCCCUGAGUCGCAUUGGGUGCUUCUCUGGUGAUUGGGUUAGGAUAGAAGCUGCUGAAGAGCCUCCCACGAAUGGCUUUGGUGCCUUUGGCCUGGGGAGCUUUGGGCAAGCCGAGCCUGAACCCGCCAAGUGGCGCCCUGUCCGAGUUUAUGGACUUCCCGAGGGUUAUUCGCAGCGACCCAUGACGAGGAUACCAAGUGCCAAACACGGCGAGCGAAGGCUAUCCUUCUUUGAGUCGCAAAUCCAACGGCCUGCUAGCCCUACUGCUUAUGCAUCUCCCAUCCUCUUGGCCAAUCUCGACGACACACCUUAUCUCCGUCUUGCGCCUCUGAAGAAAUCGUCAUAUCAAGGAAAGGGAACGAUCCCUAGGUUUACCAGCGCUGCUCGGCCUCCUUAUGCUCGAGACAUCACCAUUCACCACAUCAGAACCCCUAUCUCCGCAGAACGAGCCUUCCAAACCGCUGUGUUGGGUGGCCUGAAGCGAUACUUUGCCCAGAAGAUCCGUCUAGUUCGGAGUGGAGAUCUUAUUGCUGUCCCAGUUGACGCCGAGCUUGGCCGUACGCUGCAAGAGAUGCCUGGCGCUGGAGGUUCUGAGGUGGACGACGUGAUGGCGCUUACUGCCGGCGGCCAGGAAACUGGAAAACAGCCUUCGACAUUCGACAGCGUUGCUUGGUUCAAGGUUGGACAUAUUCAAAUUCAGAAAUCCGACGAAGACGAGGAUGGAAGUGCUGAGGCUUUCUGGGGAUCGGUCGCGUGCAUCGAUAGUUCGUCUGUUGCUAUGCACGGUUCGGGUUUCGAGACAAGCCGGAUUCCUGGCAUCAAGCAAAGCACAUGGCAAUAUUACCUGGGCCUCAAGAAAACCCCCAAGAAGGCAUCAGAGACAACACCUGCCCCGAUUCAAGAGCCCGAAUUGCCCUACGUGUCACCUCUCAGACGCCAGUUGAGGGAGUUAAUUGCAGCUGCUACGAGCGCAAGAGCAAUUCAUCUGAAGAUGCCACCGGUUGCCAUUCUGUUAACCUCCACGCAUCGAAACAUCGGAAAAUCAACUUUGGCGUCAGGCGCUUGCUCCGAUAUGGGUUUACAUACGUAUACCAUCGAUGCUUACGAUAUCCUGAGCGAAGGAAGCGGCAGUGGAAGUGAUGUUAAGACUGAGGGUUUCCUCAGAACAAGGGCGGAGCGUGCUAUGAGUUGUGGCUCCGACUGCUGUGCCCUUCUUGUCCAACACGUUGAGGCUCUCACUGCUGAUCGUAUUGAAUCUACAAUCAAAGAGAUUCUCGAAGAUACCCGAGUUUUAAUUGCUACAACGAGUGAUGUCGAUAAGGUACCUGAUGGCGUUCGGGCGUUGUUUACGCACGAGUUGGAGAUGACCGCUCCUGAUGAAGCUGAGCGUGAAUCCAUUCUCAAGUCUAUCAUCAGUGACAGGGGUGUCAGUCUUGAACCAUCCAUUGAUCUCAACUCAAUUGCCCUGAAGACUGCUGCACUUGUGGCUGGUGACCUAGUGGAUGUGGUCGAGCGUGCAUCUAUUGCUCAACAAUCACGACUGGAACAGCUAUCAGCGAAGAACUCGCAGGAGAGUACCAUAAUAACAGUGCGAGAUGUGCAGGUUGCUGGUGGUCCCCUCGCCCGCUGUCUGACCAAGAGCGACUUUGAGAUUGCUGUGGAAGCUGCGCGCAAGAACUUUUCCGACUCCAUCGGCGCACCAAAGAUCCCCAACGUCACCUGGGACGACGUUGGUGGUCUCAACAACGUCAAGGAGGCUGUCACAGAGACUAUUCAACUGCCGCUUGAACGACCUGAACUGUUCGCGAAGGGCAUGAAGAAGCGAUCAGGUAUUCUCUUUUACGGUCCCCCCGGAACUGGAAAGACAUUGCUGGCCAAGGCGAUUGCUACGGAAUACAGUCUCAAUUUCUUCAGUGUUAAGGGCCCUGAGCUGCUUAAUAUGUACAUCGGAGAGUCUGAAGCCAACGUCCGACGUGUGUUCCAGCGUGCUCGAGAUGCCCGACCUUGCGUCGUCUUCUUUGAUGAGUUGGAUUCAGUUGCGCCAAAGCGUGGCAAUCAAGGUGACAGCGGUGGUGUUAUGGAUCGUAUCGUCUCCCAGCUUCUAGCAGAACUGGAUGGCAUGGGAGACGAUGGUGGCGGUGGUGUCUUUGUCAUUGGCGCAACCAACCGACCGGAUCUUUUGGAUCCUGCCUUAUUGCGUCCUGGUCGCUUCGAUAAGAUGCUGUAUCUGGGUGUCUCUGAUACCAACGAUAAGCAGCAAACUAUCCUAGAAGCUCUUACCAGAAAAUUCACCCUCCACCCAUCUGUUUCUCUCGCAUCCGUGGCAGAGAAACUCCCUUUCACCUAUACCGGUGCCGAUUUCUAUGCGCUCUGCAGUGAUGCGAUGCUCAAGGCUGUCACGCGGCAAGCUACAGCAGUGGACAACAAGAUCCGUGCCAUCAACGCGGAUCCAGAAACUCACCACCCCAUUUCAACAGCUUAUUAUUUUGACCAUUAUGCCACACCUGAGGACAUCGCUGUCAUGGUCCAAGAGCAAGACUUCCUUGCUGCUAAUGAUGAGCUUGUUCCUAGUGUGAGCGCUGGCGAAUUGGCCCAUUACGAACAUGUCAGGGCCACCUUUGAGGGAGUCAAGGAGAAAGAGAAGGAUGAGAAGCCCCCGCUGGUCCAACGGGCUGUGUCAGGAGCAUCAACGUCGUCUAAGGGUAAAGGGAAAGCAGUCGCGUCAGGAUCUAUUCGGGGCAAAGGGAAAGGAAUUGCGUUGACCAGCGACGACGAGAUUGAUGAGGAGGAUGAGGUAGAUGACAUGAAUGGUCAGCCCAAGGGUAAAGGAAAGGCCCCCAUGGGCUUUCAGGAUGGAACAGCCAGCGAUGACGAUGGAUUAUAUUAA